AUGGUCAAUUUAUUUUACACACUGGUGCUCUGGUAUACCAUAUAUGGUGUUGUUGUUUUCAGUGUACCCAUAAAACGUAAACAGUAUCCACUAUUGCAGCAUGGUGAAGAUAAAUUACGUAAAAAAUCUACUAGAGCAGCAGCUAAAGCACCUAGACCAAUUGUCAAUUACAAUAGUUUACCUGGUGAUGAUGAUGAUGAUGAUGGUAAUGGUGAUGCUAAUGAUUAUGGUGGCCAACAACAACAUUAUAAUGAUGGCAAACUGUAUCAACUAUUGCAGCAUGGUCAACAUAAAUUAUAUAACAAACAUACUAGACCAGCACCUAGAUCAAUUGUCAAUGACAAUAGUUAUCAUGGUGAUGAUGGUUAUGGUGAUGCUAAUGAUUAUGGUGGCCAACAACAACAUUAUAGUUAUGGCAAACGUUAUCCGCUAUUGCAGCAUGGUCAAAAUAAUUUGUAUAACAAACCAACUAGACAAGUAGCAUUUAGAUCAAUUGUCCAUGACAAUAGUUAUCAUGGUGAUGAUGAUGAUGAUGAUGGUAAUGGUGAUGCUAAUGAUUAUGGUGGCCAACAACAACAUUAUAGUUAUGGCAAACGUUAUCCGCUAUUGCAGCAUGGUCAAAAUAAUUUGUAUAACAAACCAACUAGACAAGUAGCAUUUAGAUCAAUUGUCCAUGACAAUAGUUAUCAUGGUGAUAAUAAUGAUGAUGCUCAAAAUGAUAAUGCUAAUAACGAUGAUGAUGGCCAACAACAACAACAACAACAAUAUAAUGGACCAUGGAUAUAUAGUAAUGGCAAACGUUAUCCACUAUUGCAGCAUGGUGAAAAUCAAUUAUAUAACAAACCAACUAGACAAGUAGCACCUAGAUCACUUGUCAAUGACAAUAGUUAUCAUGGUGAUAAUGAUGAUGGUAAUGGUGAUGCUGAUGCUGAUGAUGGUCAACAACAACAAUAUAGUGGACCAUGGAUAUAUAGUAAUGGCAAACGUUAUCCACUAUUGCAGCAUGGUGAAAAUAACAAACCUACUAAAGGACCACAACCAGCACCUAGAUCACUUGUCAAUGACAAUAGUUAUCAUGGUGAUAAUUAUAAUGAUUAUGGUGGUUAUUUCAAUGUUGAUCACCAUAAUAAUCAGCAUCAUCAACAUUAUCAUCAUCAUCAUCACCAAGAUCACUUACCAUUAAGGAGAGCCUACUAUUAA